AUGGCUGAAAUUGCUUUCGGCAUCAUAGGAAAUGUCUUACCAAAGCUAGGGUCCGUUGUUUGCCAAGAGUUGAGCUUGGCAUGGGAUAUCAAAAGCGAUCUGAAAAGGCUUGAACGCACCAUGUCAACCAUUAAAGAGGUGCUCUUGGAUGCCGAAAAGAAGCAAGCAAGUGACCCCCUGCUGAGGCUCUGGCUAGGGCAGCUCAAUGAUGUCAUUCAUGAUGCCGAGGAUGUGUUUGAUGAAAUUGAAUACCAAGCUUUAAGGAAUCAAGUGGUUGCUACACAUGGGAGCACUUCUAGAAAGGUACUUCAUUCCUUUUCAUCCUCUAUGACACAUGCAUUUCCUUUCAAACUGGCUCAUCAAAUCAAGAGCAUUAGAGAGAGGUUAGAUGAGAUUGCAGCCGAUAAGGAUAAAUAUAAUCUCACUCAACAACGUGAAGAUGGGCAUGUUAACAAAAGAGUCAAUGUAAUUUCCAUAGUUGGAUUAGGAGGUUUGGGGAAGACCACACUUGCCAAGUGGGUCUACAAUGAUGAACGUAUAGUCCAGACUUUUCCAUUGAGAAUGUGGGUUUGUGUUUCUGAAGAUUUUCGUGUUACAAGAUUGAUAAAAGAAAUCCUUAAAUCUGUGUGCGGUAUAAUUGAUGAAAAUUGGAAUGCAGAUACAUUGCAAACUAGAUUGAGAGAACUUUUAAACGAUAAGAAAUUUCUGCUUGUCUUGGAUGAUGUCUGGAAUGAAGAUCGUAAUAAAUGGAUUGAAUUGAGAGAUUUGUUAAUUGCUGGUUCUGAAGGAAGUAAAAUUAUAGUGACAACACGUAGUCACGUGGUUGCCUCCGUUAUAAGCACUGAUUCUACAUACAAUUUAGAAGGUCUAUCCCAAGAUGAUUGUUUAUCUUUGUUUGUGAAGUGUGCAUUUGAGGAUGGAGAAGACAAACAACAUCCAAACCUCUUAAAAUUUGGAAAAGAAAUUGUGGAAAAAUGUAAAGGGGUUCCAUUGGCAGUAAGGACUUUAGGCAGCCUGCUUCAUUCAAAAGUUGAUGAACGGGAGUGGAAAUUUGUGAGAGAUAAUGAGAUAUGGAAAUUAGAACAAAAGGAGAAUGACAUCUUACCCGCAUUGCGAUUUAGUUACGAACAACUACCAAUUCACUUGAAGCGAUGCUUUGCCUUUUGUUCUCUUUUCCCAAAAGACCACGAAUUCUAUUCAGAUCAAUUGAUUCGAAUGUGGAUGGCAAAUGGACUAAUAUUUGACAUGCCUAUUAAUAAAGAACAAGAUUUAGAAGAUGUUGGGGAGUUGUAUAUAAAUGAGUUGUUGUCGAGAUCUUUCUUCCAAGACGCUUCUGAAAAGCUUCCUAGCUUGCCCUUCUAUACCUUUAAAAUGCAUGAUCUCAUCCAUGAUCUUGCUAUCUUAGUUGCACAAGAAGAGUGUUCAGUAGUAGAGUUGGGCAACAAAAACAUUGCAGGAACAAUUCGUUAUUUGUCAUUUUUAGAAAUGGGUCAAGGAGUUCCAAACUACUUAGACAAGUUAACAAAGGUGCGCACCAUUAUGCCCACAGGCGUGCAACCACUCCCAAUGUCAUUAGUUGAAGUAUGCAUCUCGAGAUUCAACUACUUGCGAUUGCUUGAUUUAAGUGAUUCGUCUAUUGAGGUGCUGCCAAGAUCUAUUGGUACUCUCAAGCAUUUGAGAUAUCUCAAUCUAUCUUAUAAUAUAAAAAUCAAGAAACUUCCUAAUUCCAUCUGCAAGCUGCAUAAUUUGCAAACAUUACUACUCCACGGAUGUUCGAGACUUGAACGGUUGUCCAAAGGUACAGGGAACAUGAUCAGCCUUAGGUAUUUGGCGGUAACAUCAAAGUAUAUGUGCUUGUUGGAGAAUGAAUCAUUUAACUCUCUUCGGAGUUUGAGUUUAUUUUCUUGUCUGAAAGUAAAAGUUUUGUUUCAAGAAAUGGACGGGUGCCUUACCAACCUUCGGACACUGGUGAUAUGUGAUUGUCCAAGUUUGACCUCUUUGCCAUUCAAUAUCAAGCACCUAACCGCCUUAGAGUAUCUGGCAAUUUAUCACUGUCCAAUGCUUAGUUUGAUGGGAGGAGAAGAUCACAACCAGGAUCUCAAGCUGAGCCUCCGAAGUUUGUUUAUUGGUAAUUUACCAAAGUUGGAGUUCUUGCCCCUGUGGAUCCAAGGAUAUGCUAAUACUUUACAACACCUGGAAAUCGAAGAUUGUAAGAACUUCGAGGCCUUGCCUGAGUGGCUGCCAACUUUCAAAUCACUUCACACACUUGAGAUUAUUGACUGCCCCUAUUUGUCAUCUCUUCCGGAGGGGACACAUCGUCUCCCAGCGCUAAGAAAAAUGAAUUUUGAAGGAUGUCCUCGGUUGAGUAGGAAUUUAGACGGAAAGGUCAGUCCAAGAUCACUCAUGUACCAAAGCUUCUGCUCGAUGAGGACACGAGGAUACUUCAACAAAAGCAGACGAUCAGGCAAGGAGUUGAGCAUUGGACGCUGACAGUGGAACUGUGGAAGCCUGAAUGUUUCAAAGUUUAAGGUUAUAUGUCCCUGCAUUAAGUUGCAAAUAUUUCUGUCAUUGCAAUUUAAAUUAAGAAAAGUAAACAAAAAAAAAAAAAAAAAAUUGCUGCCGUUGUAAUUCUUAUUAAGUUUAUUUAAAUAUGUGAAUAGACAUUUGUUAAUGUAAUUCUGAUUAGGAGAUGUAUA